CGGCAGCAAUCGCUGGAUAUGCGGCCGACUUCUGACUCUUGACUUGCAUGCAUGGAUACAGCCUACCCCAUGGAUGAGUGCAGUGGAGACGUGAGAGGGAGGAGAGGGGAAAGCAACAGCUGGGUUUGUUCAGUGAGUGAGCGACAGAUUGUAUGUAUCUAUCUAUCUAUUUAUCUGCGUGAGUGUGCGUCAGCGGGAUGCCGUCCAGCCAGCUGGUCUGGCGAUUGGUGAGGCCAUCCGAUCCAUUCGAACUGAAGAGCACGGAAGCAGCAAGACAGCAAGACACUUAAGUCAGUCAGUCAGUCGCUUUGUGUGUAUGGGAGAAGCGCAUUCGUCCAUUCGCCAUGAGUCCAUCUUGUGUGUGGAUGAAUGCAUGAAUCAAGUGCGUGGGUGGUCGGGCUGGCUAUUUCUCUGUCUGGGUUUUGCUCGCUCUCUGUCUCUGUGUGUGUGUCCCCACACAUGGAUGCAUGGCACCGAUGGAUGGACGGAUGUGAUGUCUGUCUGCACGUAUGUCGUGUGGAAUGAAUGCAGCAGGUCGGUGGGGGAGGGCCGGGAUGCAUUGCAUGUGUGUAUGCCCCAAUACAUGCAUGCAUGUGCGCCUCAGUUCGUGGGUGGAUGGAUGGAUGGCCGCGUCGCCAAAUAGGACAGCAGAAUCAACCCAUGGGAAUCAACCUGAUUGCUUGCAUUCGUUACUCUACCCACAAUGUGUCACACGCCAGCUUCUCAACCGCCUAUAUUUGUCACGUCGAUUUAGACGGCAGCUUCUUGGAGGCGAUCGUGGCGAGCUUAGAAGAUGUCAUUCCCAGAGGCUCCACCACGAUCGCCAGAGGCUGAUCAUUGCCAGAUCUGUUCACAGCAGCGAAGCCCCACUGAGACCCGCUGAGCCUCACCGCGAAAACACGGCCCCUCAGGUCAGUCAAGAGGUCAAAGUACUUGAUGAAUCAUCCUCAGGCCGUCCUUGUGUCGCGUGUGAAUGCGCAUGCAGGAUGAAGGGUGACGUGAGGUUUCACCUGAAGCUCCUCUUUGCUUCCCUCGUCACGCUGGGCUUCGUCGCAUAUGCAGCCGUCCUCGCCGGCUUCUUCUUUGUCAUACAAAACGAGGUACAGUACGUCAGAUGCAUCAGCACUUGCACUAAGGAACACAUGACUGAACCAUUUGGUUGUCUGUGGUUGUCUGUUGUGUCUGUCUGUGCAGGUGAUCAGGGAGUCCGAGACGGCCCUGGAGAAGCAGAUGGAAUCGUCGAGUGACUGGGUCCUGGGCGAGGCACUGCUCAGCUUCUCCAGCGAGAUUGAGCAGGGCGUGAGAGGGCUGCUGCAGCCAUCUAUGAGGGCGAUACAGGAGAAUUUCCGGGCGGGCAGCCUCUCAUUUGGGCCUACGCAGCCAUAUGCUGACCACUUGUCUACGAAGAUAGAAGGAUUGACAGAGUACUCUCUGCCGCGUUGUCAUUCCCUUCUCUCAGGGUUGCUGAUCUGCGGCCGCCUCUGUCAGGUGUCAACGACUUCGACGACCCCUGGCUGCCUCCCAGAAGGCACCAGGAUGCCACCAUCUCGCUCGGUGUGUGAAUCACAAACGAAUGGAUAUGCAUAUCCGCAUCAGUAGGUGACGGCGUGUGCCACUGCAGGUGCCGCGAGCAUAUAUUUCCACGGCUAUCGGAAGGACGGGAGCAACGUAUACAGCAUCCUGUCGGGCAACAGCUUCAUCGUGAGCCGCACCUGGGCCAUCGACCUGCUGGCCCGGGUGCCCUGGGAGGCACACCCUCUCUUCCUCGACGCAUACGUCGCCACAGAUCAGGACAUGAUCAGGUAGGUGCAGGCCAGUAUUACACACAGGCACAGCGCUGUGGUUUCUUGAUGGCUGACUGACUCACUCUCUUUCUCUUUCUCUUUUUCCACGACCGGUCAGGAAAUAUCCCGGUCGAUACGACACAUGGACGGGUUGAUUGCCUCCUGUCAAGUACAUCUGGUUGUGUGUACAGGCAUCUCGACGUUGGCGGACGACAAGUGUCGGUCGGGGUGUGAGUGCGAUUGGGAGCGGUGCUAUAUCCCCACCAGCCGCCCAUGGUAUGUAUACAUGCAUGCGUCUGUCUGCCUGCGGUCUCUCUGUGUGUACUGGCCUGUGACAGAGGAAGCAGUGUAUGUGUGCUGGCUGGGGCAGGUAUACUACGGCCAGGAGCGGCCAAGGGACGGUGCAGCACACUAAUCCCUACAACGAAACCUUUUCGAAGACCUGGAUGAUCACGUUAAACCAAGGCAUGCGCUAACUAACUCACGGACCCGGCAUAUCGACACAUGGUAUGAGUGCAGGCUUCUAUCAGCUCGGCUCCUUUCCGUCGCUCUAUCCAGAGUUCAUAGGCGUGGCCGCCAGCCACAUGUACAUCGCCUCGCUCAAGUCGCUCGUCGAGAAGAUCAAAGCCCGCGGAGGUGAAGCCCAUCUGUACAACCUCCCCCUCUACAAUAUAGGUAUGUCUCCGUCUCCGUCUCCGCCUCUGUCUCAGCCCACAUGUGCAUACACCCCUCAGCCUUUCUCCCUGCUCCCCAGGUAAUUCUGGCGCCUAUGUGGAAGGCGGCUACGUGAUCGCGUCGCCACAAUUCGCUCUCGACCGCCCAACGCCUCUGCGCGUCACCGAUCUCUCCUUCGAAGGCAGCUCGUUCCAGAUCCAGCCUUCGUCUGACCUGCUGCAGGCCGAGCACUGGGAAAGCAGCACCAGGGGCACAUCUGGACUGAUCAAGGACAGCAACAAGGAGGUGUUCAUCUUCUACAAGAAACCUGGGAGAGAGUCGAUGGGGUACGGCGAGACGAGCGACGGAACUUCGUGGAGCGGUGUGAACGGACGUUACGGCAUGAUGCUGGCCAUCCCUGCCAACGCCCUCUAUGACCCCAUCGACGGGCAGAAAGAAGACAUCCUCAGCUCUGUCUUGAUUAUCUACUUCGUGUCGCUCAUCGUGGCGAUUGUGUUCUGUGUUGGGAUCGUGUUGCUGUACAUCCCACUGGCCAAGCGGAUUGCUGUGCCGCUGGAGUACGUGGCCAAUGAGGCAGAGAAGAUCACCAACAACCUGGGCGGAGACCUCUUCAGGCAAGAAAGAAGAAUAGAGACAUGCAGAGGAACACACACAUAAGGUCGGCCACAUUGUGACCAAAUGGUGUGCAGGGGUGUGAAUUUGUCUGAGGCCGUAGAUGCGUCCUUUACGGUUCUGGAGGUCACAGUGCUCAGGGGCCGCUUCAGACACAUGCUCAUGCUGAUCAAACAGAAAAGACAACAGGUGGGUGCGAAGAGACGCGCCAACGGAACACAUGUGAACGUGUCUCUCUCUGUUUUGUUUAGGCGCAGCACGGCCCCACGACCCUGCCAAAUGCCUUCAUCUAUCAUGGCGGCAAGUACCCAUGGAUGGCGGCCUCUAGUGCUGGCGACAGCGCAGAGACAGCGGCCGACAAAUACUACCCCGACCAACUUCUCGUAAGUAAGCACAUGACCUCCAUUGACACGCUGUCUUUCUCAUUUCCACACACUCGAGUGUGUGUGAGUGCAGCGUCUGGAGCAUCUCAUGUCUGAAGCCCAGCAGAAGUCCGCUCCCCCACCGUAUGCGGCGGCUGGUGGGCCGACGGUCAUCACGAUCCAGGAGGGCGGCGGGCAGACAUCCAUCGCCGUCACACAACAGCAACAUGCACAACCACCAGCCACAGCACCACCACCGCCCUCAGCACAGCAGCAGCCAGCUGUCCAACAGGGCAAGGCCCAGGCAACGGGAUUCGUGACUGACGCCGGGCAAAGCUCUUUGUGUGUGCAGGUGUGCCCCAGGGCAAUGUGGUGGCGCCUUCAGCGCCCGAUGCUCCUGCUGCUGACGUCCAAUCACCAUCGGUCCCCUUUUAUGCAGGCAUCAGGCGCCACUGGUGGAAAAGGAUGUGGGUGCAGGUCUGCAGACACACGGAGAGGGACACGGCUGGCAUGUUGCGGUCGGCUUUGCUUGAUCGGAUUCCUUUAGUUGGUGUUAUUCUUGGCGCUCCCACUGCUGGUAGUCGGCGUGUGCAUCGCGGUAAUAGGCUUCCUCUGGUAUCAGACUACUGCUCUCUCGUGGAUCGACCCGCUCAAGUAACCAACCCUACACACCUGCGAGGCGUCUGGUGAGUACGAAGGCAUUGUUAUCUUGGUGUGUGUGUGUCAGGUCGGUGAUGAUAGACGAGACGGUCAAGACGCUGGAGGGAAUCACGGAGGACAGGGCCCAGUCCACCGCCAACAUGAUCAACGUGGCCGUUGGCGCCCUCCUGCAGACAAAACUGUCCAGUAAGCCCACUCACACCAACACAAACAUACAAGUUUGUCUGUCUCCCUUUCUACCUGUCUGUCUAUGUGCCCGUCUGCCCUAUAUAUAGGUGAGAGGUUUUUGUCGGAAAACACAAUCAACGAAACCGACUUCAGUGUGACGCUGGGCACCGACCUUAUGGUAAGCUACCUGUCAGGUGUGACGUCCUACAUCGAACCCAAGGCCUACUACCCAACCCCAUACACUGGCAACACCAGGCUGCGCAUACUGUCAGGCACGUUCCAAGAAUGGAUAGAAUCGACAUCCCCAUGGAUACAUAUCUGUCUCUGUCUCUCUGUCCCUUCGUGCAUGUAUCAUCAGCCGGCAGCAUGAGCACGUCCGGUUCCAGGUUGACCAACUCUGCCGGUGGUACAGUGCCCGCCUACACCGACAGCAGUGUGGUCUUCUUCCGGUCGCAGCCGUUCCCCCUCCAUCCCAUCAUCGACUGGCGGAUCGACAUUACCUCACACAUGGACACCAUCUUCAAGAGCAUCUACCACUCCGCGCCUAUCAAUGCUGUCUUCCUGGCGCUACAGGCCACCACGGCCGCCCCCCUCCAGCUGUUCCGAUAUUACCCGUAUUACGACACUUUUCAAGGAUUGGCUGAUCGGUCAAUGACGUGUUAUGAUGGGUCGCAAGAGAACGGCUACCGGCCGGAGUGUUUCUCCUGGUACAGACGGGCGGUUGCAUCCUCCGGGCAGGUGGUGUUCAAUCCGGCUGAAUACGACCAAAUACAGCAACAGCAAAGCGUAAGCUCAACGACCAGACCGCACACACCCACGACGAGAGGGAGGACAACACCGUCUGUCGUGUCAGGUGAUAUUGUCGGCGAGCAUCCAUCAUUGA